AUGGCCAGAAACGUGUUAUCCAAGGAUCAGUUUGUCAAGCUCAUCGUCGGGGCUGGUCAAGCCAGUCCCAGUCCCCCCGUCGGUCCGGCCCUGGGUAGUAAGGGUGUUAAGAGUAUGGACUUUUGCAAGGAAUUCAAUGCACGCACUGCCCACAUCAAUGUCGGCGUCCCUAUCCCCGCGCGCGUCACCGUCCGCCCCGACCGAUCCUUUGCCUUUGAUCUGCGCACUCCGACUACCACCUACCUCUUGCUCAACGCCGCCUUGUCGAACCCCGAAAGAACCGUCUCCGUGGUUCCAUGCAUCAAGCACACCGAAACCCGGUUGUCGGGACUGAGCCUCCAAGGCCUGUGCAAGAGUGUCAUCUCGCAGGCCAAGUCGAUUGGCAUCAAAGUUGUCCCGUGA